GGGUGGUUAGAGUUUCCCCCGGUCUCCAGUAAAGUGGAGCAGCAGAAGAUCCAGCUCUGAUCAGCAGCUCCACACCUCUGUACUCAGACUGCUCUGCUGGAGGAACACCAUCAGCUCACCUGCUGCAGAAAUUAAUGCUGUUCUGUUCCAGAUCUUCCCCUGAUCUCAGUGUCAGUGUUCCUAACUGGAAGAAGUUUAUCUGCACAAAUACAAUCUGAAAAUUUUACGAAGAUAUUAAGCUGCUGAACAAAAGGAGAACAUGGCAUCCAGAGAAAUCUCCAAUAUUCAGCAAAUAUCCUUUCCUACACCCAAGAGGCAAAUGAAGAAAAGUACAGGGAAGAAGAAACCACAUCACUGCUCAUACUGUGGGAAGAGUUUUACUAAACCGAGUGAUCUCCAGCGACACAAACGCACUCACACUGGAGAGAAACCAUAUCACUGUUCAGAGUGUGGGAAGAGUUUUACUACACAGAGUCAUCUCCAGCGACACAAACGCAUUCACACUGAAGAGAAACCGUAUCUGUGCGCAGAUUGUGGGAGGAGUUUUAAUGAUCGGAUUAGUCUCCAAAGACACAGAUGCAUUCACACUGGAGAGACACUCUUUCAAUGCACAGAGUGUGGGAAAAAUUUUUAUAAACAGUAUAAUUUCCAGCGACACCAGCGCAUUCACACUGGAGAGAAACCGUAUCACUGCUUAGACUGUGGGAAGAGUUUUACUACAAAGGGUGAUCUCCAACGACACCAGCGCAUUCACACUGGAGAGAAACCAUAUCACUGUUCAGACUGUGGCAUGAAUUUUCAUCAAAAGGGUCAUCUCCAGUGCCACCAGCGCAUUCACACUGGAGAGAAACCAUAUUACUGUUCAGUCUGUGGCAUGAAUUUUUAUCAAAAGAGUGAUCUCCAGCGGCACCAGCGCAUUCACACUGGAGAAAAACCAUACUACUGUUCAGACUGUGGAAAGAGUUUUACUGAUCGGAGUAAUCUCAAAUCACACCAGCUCAUUCACACUAGACAGAAACAAUAUCACUGCUCAGUCUGUGGGAAGAGUUUUACUAAACCCAGUAAUCUCAAAACACACCAGCGCGUUCACACUGGAGAGAAACCGUAUCACUGCUCAGAUUGUGGAAAGAGUUUUACUGAACAGAGAAAUCUCAAAACACACCAGCUCAUUCACACUGGAGAGAAACCAUAUUACUGCUCAGUCUGUGGGAAGAGUUUUACUAAACAGAGAAAUCUCAAAAUACACCAGCGCGUUCACACUGGAGAGAAACCAUAUCACUGCUCAGUCUGUGGAAAGAGUUUUACCCAACAAAGUAAUCUCAUAACACACCAGCGCAUUCACACUGGAGAGAAACCAUAUUACUGCUCAGUCUGUGGAAAGAGUUUUGCUCAACACAUUACUCUCAAAGUACACCACCGCAUUCACACUGGAGAGAAACUGUAUCACUGCUCAGACUGUGAAAAGACUUUUACUACACAGAGUGAUCUCCGACGACAUAAACGCAUUCAUACUGGAGAGAAGCCAUAUUAUUGUUCAGUCUGUGGAAAGAGAUUUACUAAACAGAGUUAUCUCAAAACACACCAGCGCAUUCACACCUAAGAGAAACCAUAGCACUGCUAAGUCUGUGGAAAGAGUUUUACUAAACAGUCAUCUCAAAACACAUCGGCGCAUUCACAAUGGAGAAAAAACGUAUCAUUGCUCAAAAUGCGGCAUGAACUUUUAACAAAGUACUUUCCAGCGGCACCAAUGCAUUCAUACUGGAGAGAAACCGUAUCACUGCAUUUUUAAUCGCCAGUUUAAUCUUAAUUGACACCAGUGCAUUCACACUCAUGUGUGAGUUCUCCUGAAGUCCAAAACAAACUCCUUAGUCUUCUCUGCGUUCAGAGUAACGCAAAAACACUGUUUCCUCGGGAGAGAGAGUAGCCGCUGCAUGUGCACGUGCCGCCAACUUGGCAACGUACUUGAUCGCACUCAGAGCAUGGCCAUUGCCACUUCUAUGAUAAACAAAAACUUGUCAUUGGAUGAGUUUAUUCCCCAGAACUGCUCCACUCUGCAAACUGAAAAUACAAAAUUUAACCCUACAUGUGAGCAAAACAUAGAGCCAGAGUCUGAGGUUUUAAAAAGGUGCACAAUGUUUAAAACUAAUCAGAUAAGAGUCCCAGUCCAUUUUAGUAUGGUUAGUAAAUGGAUAGACCCGCCCUUUACCUUCAGGGAGUGCUGUACUAAAUUAUUUUUUGUUAAAAGGUAAAAGGGGUAGCUCUUUCCUUUGAUAUUGUUAAAGUAUUUGAGAAUUUAGGCACAAUCCCAUCCCAAUCCUUAACCUAAGUAUUGGAACAAUCCUUCAGGCACAUGAUAUAAAUAUAGCAGUAGAGCACUAAUGUUUAGUAACUUCAGAAAGGGGGCAGUUGGUGCAGCAAUUAAUUACAAAGGUCUGUUCCAUAAUUCCUCUUUGAUGAGGAGCAGAAAUGAGCUUUUAUUAUCUUUAAUUUUAUUUUUGCAGUAUUUUGCACCAUUUUAGGUGGAACAAGAAAGUUAAUGAGUUAUUGCGACAAACUACUUGUUUUAUGCUUGCUAUGAGAACAAUUUCCAUAAAACAUUGAAACUACACAUUGAACUACAGUUAUAUAGUGGUUAUCAUGAUUUCAAACAAGAAAAAUAGUUAUAUUUGUGAGUUUCUUUGGUCACUUGUGCAGUCAUCUUGCAUGAUUCUCAUACCUCUCUGUUUUGAGUGCGCCUUUGAAAAAUCUCUGAUUUUUGCCCCUAAAUGUGCAUUUGCAAAAAAGGUGGGGUAAGGUUAAAUGAUGGGUCCAAGGGGUGAAAUGGUAUUGGGCCUAAAUCUAAUACUGGUUUUCUUUAAGAAACACUUUUUGAGGCUGUUAAAAAAGUUAUUUUUAUAUUUUUCUAUGGAUUCUGUAAUGACCUGUAUGCUGGCAACUGUCUGUUCUGCAUGUUUUUGGGCUUAGUUUAAAUAGCAUGUUUCAUAUUAAUUUGUGUUAAUGUGUAGAAGUUUAUUUGCUUUCUGUAUUUCUUAUAGUUUUGUCCAAUUUCCAAUAAACCAUUAAAAGAGA